AUGUCGGACCCUCUCGAGCACACCGCCGCUCCCGAGCAGGAGAGCAUCGGGUCGGGCGUUGAGCGCCGGAUCAAGCAGUUUGGAGACUUUCAACAACAAAUGGCGGACUUUGGAGAUGACCUGGCCAACCUCAAGGCUGCGUGUGACAACUUGAAGCGUGAGCGUUCUUCCCUCAUUCAAGAGUGCGCCGCGCGCAAUGGAGACAAGGAAACGCUCGCGGCCCAAGUGAACAAGCUCAAGAACGAGCGCGACGCCCUCCAACUCGAAUACGCCGGUCUCGUCGAGGAUGAAAGGUUCUGGCGUACGGCAGAUGCCGCGGCCACCACCGAGCUGGAGCAGAACGGCCGUGUUACCCGCCAACUGUGGGUGCAGACGGAGAAGGUCGCCGAACUCCAACGCAAGUUGACCGACAUCGACUCUGUGCACAAGGACGAGCUCGAGGCAGAGCGCGUUAUUGCGUCCAGUCUACGAGAGAGAAUUGGUCGACUGGAGCGGAGUUUGCGAGACCGUUCACCGGAGAAAGACGCCCGACGCAGUGAGAGGGAAAGCAGCGAGAAGGCUCUUGCCCACGAGGUCGCUGUCCUCAAAGCCGAGCUGGAUCGCUUCACGUCACUGUUCCAGGACACACGCGACUCUCUAGAUGCGGAAAGCAAGCGAAGGUUAUCGUCCGACACGCGUGCCGAUACGCUUGCUGAGCAGCUACACCGAGCCCGAGAGGAGAUUCUCGACCUCAAGCUGGCAGCCGCUCAACAAGGCAGCAGUCAUAAUGAGCUGCUCGAGCGCAUCAAAUCUGAACUCGACGCCAAGGCCGCAGCCGAGCGUGAGAAGCUCAAUGCGCAGUUGCAAGCUGUGAUUGCGGAGCGCGACCAGUUGAAGAGCGAGAUGUCCCCGAACGUCGCCACACCGCGUACGCCAACCAAGACUCCCGCCAUCGACUCGCUCACUUCGCACAAGUCCGAGGUGUUUACGCCGUCCUCCACAUCGCUUGCCAAACGGUAUGCACACCUUGAAGAGCAGCACCGCAAACUCAAGGCCGAGUACGACCGCAUGAAGAACCGUUAUCGACAGGAUGUACAGCACUGGAAGGAGUACCGAGCCGUUCAGCAGGCAAGGGAUGAGAUCAAGCAGCGUCGAAGGGAGGAGAGGAAAACGUAUACUGCAGCGCAGUCACACGCCAGCAGCUCGAGGCCGAGCACACCCGUGUUAUCACAACACAGCAACACGAGCGUAGCUCUCGACACGCCAGGUAACAAGAAGCAGCCGGAUACCACCCCCAGAGCCCCGAAAACCGAAGUGGCGGCGACAACCAACUUGGGCACACUUGUUCCCGAGACGGUCCUUCCUGAGCCACCAACGCCGCAUGCACCUACAAGAGCCAAGUCUGCUUUACCCCCCGCGUUCCCACCCCCUAGGCCAGAGUCUUCGCCGCACAUGGUGACUCGUGUUGAUGAGGACGUUGUCAUGGAGGAGCUUCGACCUGCCCCAAGACCGACACGAGGCGUCUCAGCCCCAGAACGCCCAUCCGAGGCUCUCGCCAGGGGGAAGGCUCUCAGCCUAGCAAAAGCCACCUCGACGCCCAUGCGCAUACCUGCCGCUUCAACCUCAACUCCUUUGGUCACAAACACGGCCAGGCGUCUUGCUGGUCAAUCUACGCGGGUCACACCUUGGUUGGGCGGCAAGUCAUCUACAGGCCGUCCCAGCACGACCCCCCUGCGUCGCCGCGACUCGUUUGGUUCUGACGAAGAAGUCGAGGCGGAGCCCAGCCCGGCCAGAGCCACGGCUGUCAAAACGCCACUCGUGCGUGACCGCACGGGAGCGGGGGACCUCCGCCGGACCAUGCUUCAGCGCACCGUCACGCACGUCGAUUCGCCUGCAGGCGAUACCUCGAUCAACCACCCCUCCACUUCAAGUGAAAGUCUUCUCGACCCGUCGACUCCAGGGUCGACGUCGCGCAAACGUGCGCUCGACCUCGAGGGUCUCUCGCCCGCUGAGCGUGCCCUUGAGCGGAAGAAGCUUGCCCGUCUGUCGACUUCCGAAAAGCGCGAGCUGUACGCCAGCUACAAGGGCAACGGACGGUACCUUGCCCCGGAGGAUCUGCAGCGCACUGCCACGGACGAGUAUGAGAUUGACCCGGCCAAGAACGGUGGCGUUUCGCACCAGUAUCACGACGUGGUGCGCAACCGUGAGGAGCGCAAGAAGAUGCACGGCGGCGACUGCGAGUGCUGUAAAGACUACUAUGAAGCAGUCGGCCCGCUUCCACGGUUCAACCAAGGACCCGCAUGGAAGAGUCCGACCAGCCCGUCCAAGAACGGAGACUGCGACGAGGACGCAGAUGCAGACGCAGACGCACGCACCACACGUACCCCUCACCGCGACCUUGAAGACCACCAGAACCGCGUGUCACGUCACCGCGAGACGUGGCGAAAGCCACCUACGCCGCCUGGUUUCUGGAGGAUUGGCUUCCCCAGCACGCAAGAGGCCGACCGCGAAAACGCCGAGGCGGACGAGAUGAACGCGAGGCGCGACGCAGAGGUCAGGCGCGAGGCUGCCAAGUGGCGCAAAAAGGCCUGA